UUUUAUAACUUUAUUUUUAUUGGGGGUUUUUUGUGUGCAUUUGUCUUGGUGAUACCAUUCAAAUGCAUCCGUGAUUCAGUGUUACGAUGAAGUUAUAACAUUGCUAUGUUUUUAUAUGUGCAGGUGCAGUUACAAGUGCAUCCAAAUCUGUCGGCUAAAGAAGACGCACUCCAGCACAUUGAGGCGCUCAUACUACAGCUCCUGAACAAGCUGUGUGUUACACAGCCCAGAACAAUAGCUGAUGUCGAGGAUCGUGUCCAGAAGACGUUCCCGAAUCCUAUCGAUAAAUGGGCCAUGUCAGACGCUCAGUCUGCGAUAGAGAAGCGCAAGCGAAGGAACCCGCUGCUGCUGCCAGUUGAUAAGAUACAUCCACUACUGAAGGAGGUUCUGGGUUAUAAAAUCGACUAUCAUGUGUGUCUGUAUAUUGUUGCUGUGCUGGAGUACAUCUCAGCCGACAUCCUCAAGCUGGCUGGAAACUACGUGAGCAACAUUCGACAUUACGAGAUCAGCCAGCAAGACAUCACUGUCUCCAUGUGUGCUGACAAGGUGUUAAUGGAUAUGUUCGAUCAGGAAGAGGAGAUGGGGCUGGUGUCUCAGAGUGUAGAGGAGGUGUCUUCCUCUGGUGUGCUCACAUAUGAUGACCUUGUGCGUCUGGAGAUCGCUGAGGAGCGUCAGUAUCUGCGGGAACUCGAUCUCAUCAUCAAAGUAUUCCGGCAAGCCUUUACGUCCAAUAGCAAACUCUUCUCCACUCAGGAUGUGGAUCUGGCAUUCAGUAAUAUUCUAGAGGUUCACGAGUUAACGGUUAAGCUGUUGGGUCUUAUUGAGGAUGCCGUAGAAAUGACAGCUGAUGGGAGUCCACACCCACUUGUGGGCAGCUGCUUCGAAGACCUUGCUGAGGAGCAGGCGUUUGAUCCGUAUGAGACACUCUCUCAGGACAUCCUCUCUAAAGAAUACUGUCAACAUUUCAACACUCUGAUGUCCCGCCCCACUGUUGCUCUGUACUUCCAGUCAAUUGCAGAGGGUUUUAAGGAGGCAGUGCAGUAUGUGCUUCCUCAGUUGAUGAUGGUUCCCGUUUACCACUGCAUGCACUACUUUGAACUGUUACAGCAAUUGCAAGAGUGCAGUGAAGACCAAGAUGACAGAGAGUGUUUAAAACAGGCUCAGACUGCACUGAUCAACCUACAGUGCAGCAUUGAACGCAUAUAUGCUAAACACCAACCACGGCGCAAACAAGGGGAGCCGCUGUAUCGGUUAUAUAGUCGUGCAUCUCGUAGCAAGCAGGCAGCAAUAAAGCGUAUGAAUGACAUCCAGAAGUGUAUUGAUGGCUGGGAAGGCAGAGAUAUCGGCCAGUGCUGCAGCCAGUUCAUCAUGGAGGGGGCGCUCCUACGGACCGGAGCCAAACACGAACGGCACAACUUCCUGUUCGAUGGCCUCAUGAUAAGCUGCAAAGCCAACCAGAGCUCCAGGUUGCCGGGAGCAGGCAGUGGGGCAGAGUUUCGUCUGAAAGAGAAGUUUGUUUUACGCAAGUAUCGCAUUGUAGAUCGUGAGGAUUCACCAGAUUUUUGUCACGCAUUUGAGCUGGUGGGCCGCGAGGAAAGCGGUGCCGUGUUCAGCGUGCGUUCAGUGGAAGAGAAGAGUGCAUGGAUGGCUGCGCUGGUCACGCUGCAGUACCGGCCUACUCUGGACCGCAUGUUGGACACCGUUCUGCACCGCGAGGAACAAGCACAACCGUUGAGGCUGCCGUCACCGGACAUCUACCGGUUUGCUAUACAGGAUUCUGAGGAGAACAUAGUAUUUGAGGAGGGAGCGCAGAGCAAGACUGGAAUCCCCAUUAUUAAGGCCGGGGCAGUUGUCAAGCUUAUUGAGAGACUGACGUACCACAUGUAUGCAGACCCAAAUUUUGUGCGUACGUUUCUGACUACAUACCGUUCUUUCUGUAAACCACAAGACCUACUCACACUACUGAUUGAAAGGAUUGAGAUUCCAGAGCCAGAGCCAUCAGAAGCAGACCGAGAGGCACUCUGGAAUGGAGAGCAACCAAUGGCAGCUGAGCUUCAGAGAUUUCGCAGAGAAUAUGUGCAGCCUGUCCAACUCAGGGUUCUGAAUGUAUUCCGUCAGUGGGUAGAACAUCACUUUUAUGACUUUGAGAAUGAUCCUGAACUCAGCUGUGGACUUGAAGAAUACCUCACCAGCACCACACAACUUAGAGGUAAAUCGAUGCGCAAGUGGGUGGAGUCUAUCAUCAAGAUCAUGAGACGGAAGAAACAAACUCAAUCUAAUGGCAUCAGUCACAACAUCACCUUUGAGAGCCCACCUCCUCCUAUUGAAUGGCACAUCAGCCGCCCCGGGAGCAUUGACACCUUUGAUCUCAUGACCCUUCAUCCAAUAGAAAUUGCUCGUCAGUUAACACUUCUAGAGUCUGAUCUGUACAGAGCCGUUCGUCCAUCUGAGCUGGUAGGAAGCGUUUGGACAAAGGAAGAUAAAGAGAAGAAUUCUCCCAAUUUGCUAAGGAUGAUUAGACACACAACCAACCUCACACUGUGGUUUGAAAAGUGUGUAGUAGAGGCUGAAAAUGUGGACGAGAGGGUUGCUGUAUUCUCUCGUAUUAUUGAGAUCCUGCAGGUGUUUCAAGAGCUCAAUAACUUUAAUGGAGUUUUGGAGAUUGUAAGCGCCAUUAACUCAGUACCGGUGUAUCGUCUCGACCACACGUUUGAGGCCGUGCCUGAGAGGAAAAGGAGGAUUCUAGAGGAAGCUGUUGAACUCAGUCAAGAUCAUUUUAAGAAAUACCUCGCCAAGCUCAAAUCCAUCAACCCGCCUUGCGUACCUUUCUUUGGUAUCUACCUGACUAACAUUCUGAAGACUGAAGAGGGAAAUCCAGAUUUUCUAAAACGUGAUGGAAAAGAACUGAUCAACUUUAGCAAAAGACGCAAAGUAGCAGAAAUCACUGGAGAAAUCCAGCAGUACCAGAACCAACCCUACUGCCUCAAAGUAGAACACGAUAUAAAGAGGUUUUUUGAGAAUCUGAAUCCAAUGGGAAACAUGAGCGAGAAGGAGUUUUCUGACUACCUGUUCAACAAGUCUCUAGAGAUCGAACCACGGAACUGCAAACAGCCACCUAGAUUUCCCAGAAAGACUACGUAUUCUCUGAAGUCUCCUGGCGUUCGACCAGUGCGGCAAGCAUCAGGAGGAGGAGGGACGCUGAAAGGUCACCCAGUGCCGUUAGAACGAGAACCACCUCACAAAAUCACUUUCAGGAGCAUUGCAGAAACAGAACCUGAGAUCCCCCCUUCUCUCCCAACCUCUCCAAACACACCCACACCUCCACAGUCUGCCAGCUCUGACCUCAACUCCGUGUUCAUGGAGCACGACCUGAGCAGCUCCUUUGAGUCUCAGUCUUUGUCGUGUGGCAGUUUACACCAUUUGAUUGGGGAUGAGCUGCUUAAACCCCCUCCAUUACCUCCCCGCAGGAAAGAUACCUCUUCAGAGACCAAGUUAAGUUUCAGGUCUGAAAGUCCUCCCGCCAUUCCACCACGACAGCCGCCACCUCCUCGCCUGCAACCACGUGUUCCAGUGAUCAAUGGGCCAACAGAUGGGCCGCUGCCGAGCCCUCCACCCCCUCCGCCCCGCGAUCCCCUGCCAGAAACACCUCCGCCAAUUCCGCAACGACCACCGGAGAUCUUCAUCAACUACCCAGUGAACAUGCAGCCAUCUCCAGGAGGCCGUUUCCUCUGGGACUUCACCAGCUCGCCUAGCACUCCCAACACCCCUCCUGGGACUCCCUCACCACGUGCUCCGCCUCCCGGCACGCCUUCUCCACGCGUGCCUCGGCGCCCCUGCACGCACAGCGUCAGUCAACCCAUGCUGGUCCACCUGCCCCCGCCCACUCCAGCCCCUCCUAUACCACCUCGGCACAACUCCACCCCUACGCUGCCAAAACUGCCACCUAAGACUUACAAAAGAGAACUCUCUAAAUCCACACACACUCUCUCACAGCCAUCCAUACACACUUUUUCUCUAGUUGACACCAGGGACAGCAACGAAUAAGAGCAUCACACCCUAAAAUAUAGUGUGUGUGUGUGUAUGUGUUUUAACAACUUUUAACCUGGAACCAGACAAUCUGAUGCUAAUAAAAAC